AUGGCGAGAGGAGAUGCCACAAGGCGGCGGUCGGCGCUGGUGCUCAAGCACCGUGCCGAGAAAAAGGGCAAAGUCUUCGCGGUGCCCGUUCCCUCGUCUGCCAAGAAGAAGAAGCUCCCUAAGGAGGAGCCACUGUCGGCCUCCAUGCGAAGAUUUCUCGCCCUGAAAGAGGCAGGAAAGGCGUCCAGGGCACCCCAGGAGAAGAGUGGCCUGUCUGUGUCAACCAGGAAUGAUGACGCCAAGACGUGUGUGCUUGCGUCCAGCAAGUCGGCCUCCGUGCCUGGGGCAACACCGUCCAGCAGCGACCCAGGGGGGGCAACUCCAGCGUCCCAGCCUGCAGACGACCGCACACCGGACGAUAGCCGCGCCCCUGCGCCCAGUGCCAGUGCAGGCAAGGUACGGAGGGAACCCGCCCCCACCCAAGCCGCAGCAUCACAAGGGGUAAAGACGCUGAAGGCCCGCAAGAAGGCAUUCCUGAAGGCCAAGGAUCAGCGGCGAAGAGGCAAGCACCUCCCCCCGGCUGGCAGCGAGGCGGAGCAGCUGGUCCAGACGCGCCAGGUUCUGAGUGCGCCCGUGUUUGGGGAGCAGGCCGCGGCACCCAUGAAGGCGCAGCUGAAGAGGAAGCACUGGGUGGAGGGCGGUGAGGCGACAGUGAGGCAUGCCAACACCAAGCUCGCCAGCAAGCUGCAGCCCAAGACCAAGCCUACUGGCAUGAACAAGGAGGAGGCAGACAGGAUCCAGUAUGAUGCGAUCGCCGGGUACCGUGGUCUGAAGCGUAUGCGCAUGGAGGCGCAUGGGGUGGAGUUUGACGCCUAUAACACACCAGCCUCGCUGGUGGACCUGGCGCAAGCGGAUGCAUGA